ACCGACGUUGGCGCACGUUAGUCCAGAUUAUCCAUUUCAUACUAAACUACGCAUUUUCGGCUACUGAAGGCUCUACUUCCCACUUGCUUCUUCCUCUAGAAGAAAGUUGAAAUCAUCUCUGCCACCAAACCAAUCUCUCUCUCUCUCUCUCUCUCUCUCUCUCUCUCUCUCUCUCUCUCUCUCUCUCUCUCUCUUUCUCUCUCCGUUAGUUAUGGCGUAUUUGAGACCUACCCUCUCUCAAAUUUCCCUUUCCCAAUCCAAUUUUCCCAGAAAUUCUACAUGGAAUAAUCCUCAACACUGUUUUUUCCAUAAAAGGAUCGCAAAGUUGCAGAAUUUCAACUCUUCUAAAUCUUCCACCUCUUUCAGGGUCUGCUCUAGUUCUAAAGAUACACAGAACCAAAACAAUGGAGAAGAGCCUCCAGAGUCAUUAUUUAUGAAGGAAUUGAAGAGGAGAGGAAUGAAUCCUACAUCAUUGCUUGAGGAUUACAAGCAACCCAACUAUGGACUUGAUGAAGAGGCUUUUGUGAAUGAAGAAGAUAAAAGUUUCCCAAAGAGAAAGGCGGUGUCAACCGAUGUUGAGAGGGGUCUUGAAAAUCAAAGGGAGCGGUCUAUGGCGCUGAACAGUGAAGGUCUUGAGGGCUUGGUGCCUCGAGCUAAACUUCUAUUGACACUUGGGGGAACAUUCUUCUUAGCAUUUGGACCGUUGAUCCUCAUAACCGUGGCAUUUUUUUCUGCUCUUUACUUCUAUUUUGGACCGAGUUUUGUUCAUGACGGAAGCAAGCUGUCACUAUCAACUCCACAAUAUGUGGACCCUUACGCACUCUUAGAAGAUGAUAGAAUAUCUCAGAUCGCGCCUCGGCUAAACUAAAGGCAACAUUAUUACACGUACUUUACUAUUAGGAACCUAGUAGUCACAUAUAUUGAAUUUCAGUUUACUUGGCUUUGUUGGUUUAGUUCCUUUGUAAAAUAUCAUCCAGGGUGAACUUGUUAUCUAUUUUGCAGUCAUCAUUGACACAAUUCUUUACAUGUGUCUUCUGCAUUUUGCAUAUAUAUUGUGUAUAGUUUAUUUAUAUUUAAAUGAAAAGUAGCAUUACUCUUAA